AUGGAGGACCAAAAGGCGGCCGUGAAGGAUCAUUCUAGCCUGCCAUCAAAAGAAGACUUACGAAAUGUAAUGAGCGACUACAUUUCCAGUCUUGAACCCAAACUCCAAUCUUUGAAUAAGCUUAUCCACGAGAAUCCUGAACUCGCAUACAAAGAGCACAUUGCACAUGAUGCAAUCUGUGACUUACUGGAAGGCCUCGGUCAUCACGUAAAGCGACAUGCAUACGGGCUCCUAACAGCAUUCGAAGCCAUUAGUGGAAAAGGAGUCAGGGCUGUCAAUUUCAAUGCAGAGUACGAUGCACUCCCAGGAAUGGGACAUGCAUGUGGUCAUAAUCUUAUUGCCACAGCGAGUGUGACUGGAUUUCUUGCCCUAUCUCACGUUCUGGAAAAGUUUGGUGUUGAUGGGAAGGUACAACUUCUUGGCACACCGGCUGAAGAAGAUGGAGGCGGAAAGAUUGACCUCCUCAAUGCUGGAGCCUAUGACAAGAUUGAUGUGUCAUUGAUGAUGCACCCAAUGUCGGAUGACGAGUACACGAACAAAGGCGUCUUGGGCUCCGCAGGAUUCUCCAACGUCGCAUCAUACAACGUUCAAGGCACAUACCACGGCGUCAGCGCCCACGCUGGAGCCACUCCAUGGGAGGGGAUCAAUGCCCUUGAUGCGUUGGUCUCAACCUAUGUCAACGUCUCAAUGCUGCGGCAGCAGAUACUACCUUCAGAGAGAAUCCAUGGUGCUAUUGUUGAAGCACCGAAACCUUCUUCUAAUGCGAUUCCAGCUCUCACCAAGACAGAAUACACAGCUAGAAGCACCACGGUCCGUGGAGCUAAGAAUCUGGCUGGUAGAAUUCGUCAAUGCAUGGAAGCUGGCGCUCUUGCUACCGGUUGCAAGCUAGACGUUGAGGAAAAAGCCGGAUACUCAGAAUUGCGUGUCAAUGAACCCUUAUGCAAAUCAUUUCAAGAGCACAUAGCUGCCAACGGUAUCAAAGUCCUCAAGACGGAGGGCCCUGUUGCCGCAGCUACAGAUCAAGGAAAUGUGUCUUACGCUAUACCAGCUCUCCAUGCAGUCAUUGGUAUCCCAGCGAGGGAUGGGUCGAAGAACCAUACAGCUGGUUUUACUAAGGCGGCGGGGGCAUCUAUUGCUUACGAGAGGUCGGUGAUCUCUGGAAAGGCAAUGGCGAUGACUGGAUGGGAUGUACUUACGGAUAAUACUUUCUACCAGGAUAUCAUCGAGGAUUUCCGCAGAGAUGAGAAAGUUCGGUGA